AUGAAUGUUGCGUAUACUUGUCUAUGCGUGCGUAUAUGUAAGCGCGUGACGUCACAGUCUUCAAGGAUUGUAAUUGGACGUUUUUGCCCGCGCAUUGCUUAUCCGAUGUAUCUUCAUCACAGUUCGCCGAAGCGACUGCUCCACACUAUACCAGUAGAUGUCGUCGUGCGAACGUGUCUUAUUUUUAGCGAUCAUGUAGCCGCCUUGGUAGUACCGUCCAUUCAGAUUACUGUUGCGUACACAGGUUCGAAACCACCAUCCACAGUGGAACUUCACAGCGCAGUUCUCCAUCAGGGUCGCCGAUUUACGGUCGAAUGUUGUAAAGGGUCCGAUGUGCAAUCGAAGGCCGCUGCUGCCGACGCCUUGGCCUUGUCAAGGCGUUGCUUUUUAGUUGACACAGAACACCUUUUUAGUUGCUGUUGCUUCCGCCUUUUUUACUUUCUUUUUAUUUGUUUGGUAGUUUUUUUCUUUUUUUUUCUUCUUUUCAUGUGGCAUCUUUCUUUCUUUUCAACAGUUUUUCUUUUAUUCCUUCAUUCUUUCGUUCAUCUCUCUCUCUCUCUCGAUUUUUUUCUUCGUCUCUUUCAGUAUUUACUAUUUACCUUCUGCUAUUUUUUCUUCUUCCUCGUAUUCAUGUUUCUCGCUGAAGGUUUUUUUUUUCUGCAUUGCUUUCUUUCUUAA